GAGACCCUCGAGACAAUGCCAGAAUGAAUACAUUCGUAGAUUACUCAGUGAUGAGCGGCGGCGACAGCGGUGGCGGGGGUUCGUGCUCUGUCAGUGCAUUCCAUGCAGAUCACGGAACUUUCCAGUCGUGUUCCGUCACGGUAAAUAAUUGCAACGGGAGCGAGCGGUUCUUGACUAGCAGAGCGUCACCGGACUCUGUAUCAAAUCAUUCACAUAAAGCCGGUUGUUAUCAAUCCUCCGGUACACUGCCAAUUUCCUAUGGCGCCCAUCCAACUUACGGGGCUCAAACUUUUUGCACAAGUUACAAUCACUACACCGUCAACCAGGACGCUGACUCCAUUGCAGGCUUAAGUCAGUGCGGUCCGCUAAUUUACUCUGGAAAUACUGUCGAACCCCAUCAUCGUCAUCAUCAUUUACAGCAUGGUUACAACGGCAGCAGCGUUCGCUUACCUGGGCAACUUCAGUUUGCAGCUGCUACGUAUGGUCACGGUCAGGAUCAGGCCAAUUUGGCGUUACUAGCAGGUUGUACGAACCCUCUCUCUUCUUUUCAUGCGUCACACCACAACGCGUGCUGUUCAUCUCUAUCAGAUGGUGUGCCAGCGGCGCAGACAUUUGACUGGAUGAAAGUUAAGAGGAACCCACCAAAAACAGGAAAAGUAGGAGAGUAUGGCUAUGGCGGCCAGCCCAACACUGUUCGAACCAAUUUUACCACCAAACAGCUGACAGAGCUAGAGAAGGAGUUUCACUUCAACAAGUAUCUGACACGUGCCAGGCGUGUAGAGAUAGCUGCUUCUCUACAACUGAAUGAGACUCAGGUGAAGAUUUGGUUUCAGAAUCGUCGCAUGAAACAGAAGAAGCGCGAAAAAGAGGGUAUGCUGCCCAAAACUGAGUCGGCACCAGGGGACGGCGGAGAAAAAGCUGAAGUUUCAUCCGAGCUUUCUUUCUCUGCACCGUCAACGCCAUCUCCUGGCUCCUCUGCGACUGAUCCUUACUCGUCGGGCUGA